AUGCCCAACUGGAAAGAUCUCCUCGCCAAUCGAGACCGGCGUCAAUUUCCCGAGGUCGUAGUGCCCCUCGCCCGUGCCCCUGCAACUGCACCACCCGCAUACGAACCCAAUGCAGAAAAAAACGAAAAGAAUGUCGACAGCGAAUCCAACGCAAGCCACGACCGGGCUUCUCUCCAGGAAAAGGGCGCUGGCUCUGUGCCCGCCUGUAGCACGCUGACUGUGGAAGGUCUCCGAGCCCAGGUUGAAGCGGAAGUUGCUGCUUCGGGUCACGACACUGUCUACGACCGAAAAGCAAGAAUCAUCAACAAGGCGAUCCAAGACAUCGGUAUGGGCCGUUAUCAAUGGAACCUGUUUAUUCUGUGUGGAUUUGGCUGGAUCGCAGACAACCUCUGGUUGCAGGGCGUCGCCCUGACACUAACCCCGCUGUCGAUGGAAUUCGGCAUCUCCGAGAAUGAAUCCCGAUUUGCGACAGUCUCCCUGUUCGUGGGCUUGAUCAUCGGUGCCUCCUUCUGGGGCAUUGCGUCCGAUGCUAUUGGACGACGCCCCGCGUUCAACAUGACGCUGUUUCUCUGUGGCUCGUUUGGUCUCGCUGCUGGCGGUGGGCCCAACUGGGUCGGAACGUGUGCCUUGUAUGCCUGUCUGGGCCUGGGUGUUGGUGGGAACCUGCCUGUCGAUGCGGCUGUCUUCUUGGAAUGUCUGCCUCCCAAUUCGGCGAAUAUUCUGAGUGGACUGGCGACGUGGUGGUCUGUCGGUACUCUGAUUGCCAGUAUGCUGGCUUGGGCGUACAUUCCCAACUUUUCCUGUGAAAGUGCCGCCGGCUGCGUCAAGGCCGACAACUGGGGCUGGAGAUACCUGGUCUUGACAUUGGGCGCCAUCACCUUUGUCAUGUUCCUCUGCCGUUUCCUGCUCUUCACCCUCUAUGAAUCGCCCAAGUUUCUCGUCUCUCGGGGUCGCCAGGAUGAGGCCGUGGGUGCUGUCCAAGGAAUCGCGCACAAGAACAAGACCACCACCUGGCUGACGGAAGAGAUUCUCAACGAGAUUGGCGGAUACCCAGAGGAAAACGUCGACCAGGGACUGUCAACUACAGAGAUCAUCAGCAGAUCGUUUGAGAGAUUCUCCGUUCAACAGGUGGCACCGUUGUUUGCCAACAAGCGACUCGGGUUUUCCACCGUCCUUCUCUGGUUCUGCUGGACAACCAUCGGAAUGGGCUACACCCUCUUCAACGCCUUCCUGCCUCAAUAUCUCGGCGCCAACUCCUCCUCCACCUACGUCACCUACCGCAACUACGCCAUCACCGCCGUCUGCGGCAUCCCCGGCCCCCUCCUCGCCUGGGUCAUGGUCGACAUCCCCUACAUCGGCCGCAAGGGCACAAUGGCCGGCUCGACCCUCAUCACCGGCGUCCUGCUCUUCUGCUUCACAGCCUCCAAGGACCCCAACGUGCAGCUCGUCUGUUCGGCGCUCGAAUCCUUCUUCCAAAUGGCCAUGUAUGGUGUGCUGUACGCAUACACGCCGGAAGUCUUCCCCGCGCCGAAUCGCGGCACGGGAACGGGUAUCGCCAGCUGCUUGAAUAGAAUUGCGGGUCUGAUGGCGCCGAUUAUUGGUAUCUAUGCGAGUACGAAUCCGUCGGCGCCGAUCUAUGCGUCGGGUGCGUUGUUGCUGGCGGCGUUUUUGGCGAUGUGUUUGUUGCCGAUUGAGACGCGGGGGAAGCAGGCUAUGUAG